GGCAGACCAGCAUGGCAGAACACUCCGUAUCCAUUUUGGCUCAAGCCGAUGUGUGGCACGGUCUCCCGCGGGCCCCGCGGCGGUGGUGUGGCAUGGGGGCUGCUCUCGUCGAGGCGGCGGCAAAGAGCGCCGCCGAGGGCGGAGGCAGCCGCAAGGUUGUGGCAGCGGCGGUCGCUGCGGCCUGCAGGUGCGUCGCGGCUUCGGCGCAGCCCGCGCAAUCCGGAGGCGACGGCGUCAAGGAGCUCGCGGUGCGCCCCGCCGAAAUGGCUCCGGCGAUGCUGCAGCGCAUCCGGGGGCAGUGGCCCGACGGGCAGGCGCGCUCGCGCCGCAACGUCGGCGCUCACUGGCGCCUCGGCGAGGCUGGUCUCCCGAUCGAGCAGCUCGAGGAGGCCCUCCUGGACCCGCAGCGCUCGCAAAGGGGGGCGCGUCAGCACGUGCAAGACAUGGUGGAGAAGUCCGACGUGAAGGAUGGCGCCGCCGAGGGGUCCACGGAAAGCGGAUCGGCCUCGGAGACGGAGGACAAGCCGCUCUCCGAGCUCAUGAAGCAGGUGUCGGGCGAGGAAGUGCAGCAGGAGUCCGACGGUAAGUGCGUGAAGCUGGCGAUGGUGCUGGCGAUUCCCGCGAGCGAGGUGGCGCAGCUCAAGGCCCAGCUCGCAAUGGCGACCAAGGCUGAGAGCGGGGAGGAGGUCCAGGAAGGCAUCGACAACCCCGUCAAGAUGAAGGUGAACCCGGAGAUCGGGGAAGCGGCGCAGGAAGGCAUCGGCAACCCCAUCUUGAGUAAGGUGAAGAGAGAACCGCCCAAGAAGUGCAAGGAGCUCAAGGAGCCGCACUACGAGGAUGGCGACAAGGAGGAGACCGCGAUCCUAGCAGAGUCCCACGAGUUCGAGGGUAAGCAGCAGGAGCGCGGGGUCGCGUGGGCGAUGCAGACGGAGAUCGGGGAGGAGGUGCAGCAUGGCAUCGACAGCCCCAUCAUGAUGAAGGUACAGAUCGAGACGCCCACGAAGUACACGGCGCCCAAGGAGCCGCACUUCGAGGAUGGCGACAAGAAGAAGAUCGAGAACCACGAGUUCGACGGCAAGAGCUGGAACUCGGGGGCAUCGUCGCGAGGGCCGGGGGCGUCCUGCAGGGCCCGAAGAGGGCGCGGCCGGAGGCCGAGCUCAAGGGGCACGUCGUCGACAUCCUUGCGGGCGUGGACCUCGCCCAGACCUCCGUCCUCGACGUCUCCGAGCGGCUGGCAGCCAGGGGCGCGGCGCGGUCGCCCUGGGCCGAGGCGACCGCCAGGGCCCUCAUUGCCCAGCUCGUGAAGGAGGCCCAGGGGCGGAGGGACAAGUGCGAAGCCGCGGGCGUCGCGGCCACGGCCUCCAAGCCCCGGCGCGAGGCAGCAGGAGCUGGGCGGCUUGGUGACGGCUUUCUGCAUGGAGCUAGGCAGGCCGUUCAGCGAGUUCGCUUCCCCGAACCUCCGCGAGGUGUCCGAGGCCAGCGGGCGUGAAUGUCCUCCGCCCGCGGCUGUGUGCUUUGGCGGCAGCCCUGGCGGCGGCGGGUGACCGCGGCCGCCUGGCUCGCGAGCAGGGCGGCGGCCGCGCGCGGGGACAGCGGGCCCCAGGGCGUCGAGCCCUAGUUUGAGGGCUUCUUCCUGGGGGCCCCGCCCGCUCCUAAUGCCGCGCGCGCGCGUGUGUGUGUGUGUGUGUGUGUGUGUGUGUGUGUGUGUGUGUGUGUGUGUG